AAUAACUCAUGAAAAUAAUCAAACCAAGGUACCGUAUCUAUCAAUGAAGAUUGUUAAUUUAUAUUACCAUUUCUAGAUUUUAACAGUUUCCAAAAGGCUUUGGGGUUUGAUCGUAACUUAAUUAGUUGAUCGCGCUUAGACUUUUGGUAAAGAUACUUUUUAUAGCACGUUUUUCAAAACGUUUUCGGAGCGCUACACAUUGUUGAAAGUCUUAUAUGUUAUUAGUCCAGCAAAAUCGUCGUAGAGCUGCGUAUUUAAGCUGCUUAGUUGUUUCACAUUCUCGAUCCCACAAGGGUUAAUUAUUAUUUACACUAUUUCGCGCUAAAUAUCUUACGCGCAUAUUUGCUGAUGAUUUGUUAUAAAUAUUAAUGAUAUGAUGACUUGUAUUGUUUAUAUUUAGAUAUAUUUCAUUAAGUACAUUCUCUCGUAUAGAAUUAUACUCCGCGGUAAAUAAUUGUAAGAAAUCCGCCAUAUACCUAUCAUUCCAUCUAUAAUUGUGGACAUGUAUUUCAUUAAAGUUUUCAUUUUUCUUAUUAUAUCUAAUAAAUGGUUGCCCUCGCUCUAAAGUCAUUCUUGCACAAAUUGGUAAAUGAUCUGAUUCGUGACGCUCUUCAACGUUAAAAAUAUCAGACGAGACAAUAGGAUAGUAAACAACACUUGCUCCAUUGUAAGUUAAACAAGUAAAAUUACCUGCAACAUCAUUGUACAAAAGACCAUUUAAAAUAUGGAUACUAUGAAUACAACAUAAUUCUACAAGAGACUUCCUAAAUAAAUUAUAUCUCUCAAUAUAUUUGUUAUUUUUAUAGAAAUUUCAAAAUAGUCUGAAUUAUAAUCAACUUCUGUAUUAAAUAUUACAUCUAAAUUAUCAUGUGGAAUAUAAUCUAACAAAUCAUUCGUACGUGCAUUGAAAUCGCCACAUAAUUAUAGAUAUACAUUUGGAUACAUAUUAUUUAAUAUUUCAAUAUAACUUUAAAUGGUUUUAAUUCCAUUUUUUUUCGGACCUUUUGUCAUAAAUAUACGUGAAAGUUAUCAGGUGCGAUUUAAUGUACACUGAAACACCACUACUGUUACGUAAAGAGCCAGAAGAUUUUAAACGUAUGUUAUGUAUGUAUCCCUCAUUAUAAGGUAUUCACUUUAGGUUUAUAACUAGUACCGAAGGCUUCAAAUUAGCAUAUAUACUUAACAUGCACUAUCAUAUUGCACAACUUUGCACCAUAACGUUUAUAAUUAUAUACAAUUAAAGACCGGUGAUUAUGUUGUUUCCAUAACAAUGAUAACAUUAUGGUCGAUAAUACCGGGUGUCUCUUUUAUUUAAUAAUGAAUUAUGAAGGAAAAUAUGUAUAAUAUGCAAGUGACGCACCAACUGUUUGUGAUUAAUAUAUUACACUAUUUCAAUAAACUUGAUAUAUCUGACGUAAGCGAAGUUUACGGUUUAUAUUACAACAUAUUUUAUUGAUCGAUUUUAGAUAAACCCUCUUCCGGUUUCGCUUUAGAAAAGGACAAACAGGGAUUGUUUUAAAAUAAAACAAAACUGUUGCUAGAAUAUCUGAUCAGAAGAAUUUAUCUUUGUAGAUAAAGUUGCUGAAAAUGGCGUCAUUUCCAAAGGUUUCUAUAUUUUCACCCUCCGAAAAAGAAGAAUGUCUCGAGACUGUAAGUAUAUUCAGACAACAGGAGGUGCUGGCUGUUGACAGUGAAGGAAUUCAACUUGGUAAAGAUGGACCUCUGACACUGCUGCAAAUCGGAACCAAAGAUGGGAGUGCCUAUCUUUUUGAUGUCAUGCUUGAUAAGGAAGAACAAGAUAAACAUUUCUUUGAGGAUACUGGGCUUGAUGAUUUACUAGAAAGUUCUGAAAUAUUAAAGGUUUUACAUUCGUCUGGUGGAGACAGUGCUGCUCUUUUUCACCAGUUUGGUAUAAAGCUGGAAAACGUCUUUGAUACGCAGGUGGCUCAUUUGGUAAUAGAGGAACACAAAGGAUGUAAAAUACCUUUACGUGUAAAGCUAGAAGAAUUGUUCAGCACGUACUUGAAUGCAAGCAAAGAAUACACAGAAAAAGAUGUUGUGCAGCUUGAAUUUCUGAAGAAGAAUGCCAAAUUUUGGGCUACAAGACCAUUGACACAAAACAUGAUUGACUAUGCAUCAAAUGACGUUUCUUCUCUUUUGAUAGAUGUGUAUGUUCAUCAAAAAAGGUACCUGGAGGAAAAUGAGCUUAUGGCAACGUUCUCUGAAAGAUUACAAGAAGAAAUAGAAUUCGAAAUUGAUGAAGUGAACAAAGAAAGACGCCAAAAUAGAUUCUCUGAAAUAAAGAGAGACAUCAUAAGUACCAUAUGUGAACAGUAUGAAGAAGGGACGGUUUUGGAUGACCUUACCAGUGACGAAAAAAGAGCAUUACUUUAUACUACCCUAAACGAAAUCAAAUCUGCUAACUAUCCCGAGAUUAUACGAAAUUUGAAACUAGAAUCUUUAGAUCAUUUCCUGCAAGAUCUUGAAGAAAAGCUGAGAGAUGCUGAGACAUUCUAUUUAAAACCACAUGUGAUGCAAAAACUGAAGGACAUUGAAUCCGCGGGAACAAAAGCUUUAAAAAAACACGCUUCAAGACUAAAGAAAACAGUACAACAGAUUACAGUUGAUGACAUCGAAAGAAAGUAUGACAUAAAUACACCGCUUACUCACAUUUCCAGAGCAGAAAUUAAAUUUCUCCAAAACCUAAGACCACUUUAUGAUGAUAUUGAAUAUACAGAGACUGUCAAUAAACUACAUUGGAAAGUGAUAGAGGAUCACCUUGAUGAAGACCUUGAGAGAUUGGCAUCUGAUCCGGAAUUUGAAGUACAGAAUAUCCAAAAGUUAAUACGCUUCAUACACGAUGUUAGAGUCCCUGAAAACGUCCAACGCAAAGCGAAAGAAGUCAGAAAAAUAAAUGAAGAUUCUGUGUUAGAACGGCUUCCUCACAAAUAUGAUUUAGAUACUUGUGUUGAUGAGCUUACAGAGCAAGAGAAAAUAGUUCUCGAUAGGCUUGACGUCAUACGUAAUAUGUACGAUCCUGUCAUCGUAGAUUUACAUUGGAAAGUAACAUAUUUUGUACUCUGCGAGGAUUAUGAAAAUUUUAUGUCGGGGAAAUUGAAAAUUCAGGGUUAUAUGAGUAAAAAGCUUGAAUUUCUGUCGACAAAUGAGAGGGUACCAGAUAUAACUAGGGAAAAAGCAAAAGAGUUCCAGCAUGUGAUUUGCCACCAGAAAACUACACGACGUGGAAAGAAGCAUAACAAGUAAACCGAAUACAAAAAUGCACAUCUAAGAAGGUUAUUUCUGUAGUAUAUUACAAGUCAGUUAGCAUAAACCCUUUUCUGAAUGUUUCUCGAAAGCACUUUGUAAAUGAAACAUGCCAAAAGAUGCCAUAAUAUUUAAUUUGCCAUUGCAUUGAAGUCAAAACUUGAAAGGAUUACAUGAACCAGAUGAUUGCGUCUUUAAAGAUGAUCAAGAAAAAAGACAUCAUGCUAUAUAUACAAAGAUUAUUAUUUAAACUUAUCACUUAAAUAAGUGAACAGUA